CACACUGGUCAUCACUUAUACUGUGGAUAGGUUAGCAGGAUGAGAGUCAAAUACGUGCUAUAAAUGCACGGUCUGUACUUGCACAGUUUAUUUUCUAUUUGUAUGUCAACAUGGCGAUCCUCCAACCAAGACCGCCUUGUUCUGGCACUGUACCAUAACGCCUCGGACGUAAAAAAAAAAACGUGGAUUCAGCAGCAGCAGAGGCAACCGAUUUCACCCGGAUAGGGAUGCAGACGACGUAGCAACAGAAAAAGACAGCGGAGCCGUCCGAUAGCUGAGCGGUGAGGAGAAUCGGGAGAACAGCAGAGGCCAUCUAGAAACUACUACAGCUACAGUGUUUUUGAGUGCCUCGGUGUGAGUGUGUGUGACUGUGCAGUUGGCCAAAGUGUGCUGUAAGUGCUCUGUGUUUCUCUGUAACAGAGAGGUUGCUUGCCAGUGGAUGUGUGCAUUGUAGUGUGUCUGCUUGUGAACCUCAGGGCUUGUUUGUGAGUGUGUGUGUGUGGGUGUGUGAGUGUGUGUGUGUGUGUGUUUGAUAACGAUGCUUGUCUGCUGUGGCGGUGGGCUCCGUGUCCGGUCCUGGCUGACCUUUGCGACAGGCCUGUUUGAGUGUCUGUGUUUCGCCGGCGCUGUGUUCGGCUGGGCUUCGCUGGUCUUCGUGCUCAAAGGUGAUGGCUACUUCAGCCAACUAUGCGUCAACACCACCUCCAGCAAUGGCACAUACACCAUGGACUGCAGUGAGCAGGAUGAGAAGCUCUCCCUCAUCUUUACCAUUGCGUCCUUCAUGAACAACUUCCUCACACUGCCUAAUGGCUUCCUUUUUGACCGCUUUGGCACCAUGGUUACCCGUCUUCUUGGAAUAUCCAUAUACACCACGGGGACCAUGCUGAUAGCCUUCUCAAACGCUGCUGUGUCCAUCGUGCUGUUCCCUGCUCUCUCUUGCAUUGCGGUCGGAGGAAUUCUCUUUCUGGUGACAAACAUGCAGGUUGGAAACCUGUUUGGUUCACGGCGCUCCACUAUAAUCACCCUCUACAAUGGUGCAUUUGAUUCUUCCUCAGCCAUCUUCCUCAUCAUCAAGUUGCUGCAUGAGAGCGGCGUCUCCCUACAGGCCUCCUUCCUCUUCCUGUCCUCGUGCAGCGUGAUCCACGUGCUGCGCACCUUCCUACUCAUGCCCCGGAAACACAUCCCCUACCCACUACCUGAGGACUACACUUAUGGAAUUAGCUGUGGCCAGAAGAGAAGCUAUAGCAUAGAGGACAAAUCAGCCAAUGGAGGAAACAUUCAGAGCCCUGUUGUUACCGAGGAAACCACUCUUAAAGAGGGCUCGCCAUCCUCCCAAAGCAAGCCAGUGUGUGUGCCAGAUAAGAGUUUCCGGAGCUGUGCGCUGUCCUGGUUCUUCCUGUGGCACUUGCUUUGGCUGUCUGUCAUGCAGCUGAGGCACUACCUCUUCAUCGGCACCCUCAACCCCAUGCUGAAUCGUCUCACCGCAGGGGAACCAGCUCUGGUGAGCACCUACACCAAUGCGUUUGCCAUCACUCAGCUGUGUGGAGUGCUGUGUGCUCCCUGGAAUGGACUCCUCAUGGACCGACACAAGGGACGCGCCAGAAAGCCAGGUGAGAGCGAGCGUGAGGCGGACCUGCGGGCAGCCAUCUUGUCGCUGGCCCUGACGGCCCUGCAGUGCCUGCUAUUCUCUGUGUGUGCGGCCACUCCGCUGCUGCCCCUGCAGUAUCUCACCUUCAUCCUGCAGGUGCUCAACAGGUCCUUCCUCUACGGGGGAAACGCAGCCUUCAUUAGCGUGGCGUUCCCAGCAGCUCAUUUUGGGAAGCUGUAUGGUCUGGUGAUGGCCCUAUCUGCAGUGGUGUCCCUGUUGCAGUACCCGUGUUUCGCCCUCAUCAAGGGCCCCCUGGGAGGAGACCCGCUCUAUGUGAACAUUGCACUGACCUUAUUGACCUUACUGGCCUUCAUCCACCCUGCCUAUGUCUACCUCCACUGUCGUCGCCAGGCAACGCAGAGGGGCAAAACUACAGACUAGCUCUACCAGUUCACAGACAGAAGGGACCAACUUACACUUUAACCUACGUGUUAUAUGUUUUAGUUCAGUAUUUUUUAUGUAAUUUGCCUUUUAACACAUAUGUGGGUUCAAAUGCAUAACACUAGCUUUAGCUUUUUUUACAUUAAAGACAUCCAUUCCAAUUAAGGAACUUGAAUCUAUUUAAGGAAAUGAAUAGGGAGUUAGGUUAAUGAACUGAAAAUUGUAUCUGAAACUCCAGAGGUGGGAGGAAGUACUUUGCGAGUAGGAGCUAUCUCACCCUUUGCCAAAGGCCACACAAGGCGUGUGAAUUUACAUUAUGAUUUUAUUAGGAGAUCAUAUUUUGUUCCCGAGAAGUCAUCUUGCAUUGCAUCUGUGCUUGUGCUGUAUUUCCAUAUAAUGUUUAAUGCCAUUCCUUCCUGGUGGAAAGACACACAACACUGGCUCAGAAGUGAGCAGGUUUUAGAAUGUGGUGUCACACCUGCCUUAUCCCUCCGACCCCAGACCUCCGCAAGAGAGCAGCUGUUCCACGUCACACACAUAAGCAGUCACACACGCACAUAACCCCCCCACCACCACCACCACACACACACACACACACACACACACACACACACACAUACAUACAUCAUGCAUACAUACAGACAGACAAAUACACACAUACAAACACAGAGAUAGAGAGGGAGAGAGAGCGAGAGAGAAAGAGAGAGAGAGAGACAUAACCACAAACACACACAUAUGAACCCUAGUUAGAGAGAUUGUCAAACCACAUAGCAGCCACUGUAUACACACCCUUUCUUUUAGUGCUGUUUAAUAUUGAAAUAACAUGUCCAGACUUUCUGGCUUUUCAGUGUAACUCUUCAGUUCAGGACACUUUUGCUUACUCAAGAUAACACUCACACAGUUACUGUCUAGGUCAUGCUGCCCCCUCUUGACCAAACCAGAUUGUUGUGUCAAGUGGGCAAACAUGUUUAUCUCAUUUGUCUCUUAGCAAACUCAGAGCUCGUCAGUGAUGUCAUGUCAGUGUUAAAAAGAGUAUUAGUCAGUGCCAGUAUUAUGAUUUUGUACUGCUUUUUAUACUAAAGGGAAUCACAUGCAAUAAAUGAAACCAUGUGAAAUGUA